CGUGUCCACAAACGCACGCGCCGACUUGAAAACGGUUUCGCGGCGACCGCGGCGCUGCUGGUCGCCGCGCGCUAUCCAAAACCGCUCUCUCUCGCUGUGUUCCGCGGCCGGCAUUCCGCACGGACUCUGUUGCAUGCGGUCUCCGAGAGUCGUUUCCACGCGCCGCCUUCGUCCACUCUGAUUGCCGUACGGCCGUCGUUCACACGCCGCACCCUUACGUUGUAUUGGUUUUUUUUUUUUUUUGCAGUCGGGGUUUUCAUUUCGUUUUCGUUUUUUUCCACGUUUUUGUACCUUUUUUUAGUUUUUUUCCGUUCCCCCCACCCCACCCACUCGAAACGAACGUAUUUUUUUUCGCGUUAGACGAACAAUUUUUCUCGGACUUUAUUACUUUGAUUAAUUUUCUUAUUUUUCUUCGUGUACCUCCGUAUUAAUUUGUUACCCUUGUCCGAGUCUCCCCUGCCAUCACCGACGAACCCGAUUCGCGAUCGCCACCAUAUGUAGCGCGUCAUACGCGCCGUGGUGCUUCUCCCGAGUCGGACCUAAAGUCGACGUCCGCGUGACUCGCGCACAACUCAUUCGGGAAGACUAAAAUUAUUUUGAAAAAUCAACUUUGAGCAAUGCUUUUCAUACGACACAGUUUCAGGUACAUAAGCGGUCGAACCGAUAAGAAUAAAUUUUCAUCGUGUCAGUACGAUGAGAACAAGCAACAUUUGUUUCCGAAGAGAUGCUGCGGUGAACAAUGCUGUCUGACCAAGGUUGUAUGGAGAAUCGUACCAAAUAAGACAUUUCACACAAAGCUAUUAAAAUGUGAGUUUCCGACUUCGACAAAUUGAACUUUCUCUCAUAUAACAAUUAAAGAAAUCAUAAGGACUAGUGCAAUGAAGUGAAUGUCUUCUAUCAUGUAGCAUUGAAUCUGAAUGCGAUUGAAUACGAUUUUAGCCCGCAGAUGGAGCAAAGCGUCGUCAACGGAUCCGUGGUCGCGGACGACGGGACGGCCGGCUCCGCGGUACCGUUCAACUGGACCACCGCGGUGACGGCGACCGAGCUGACGCCGGUGCUGUCGCCGUUCGAGCCGUGGCAGAAGUUCAUCAUCGUGCUGGUCAUUGGUGUGUGCAUGGUGCUUACCAUCACUGGCAACAUACUGGUACUGGUGUCGUUCAUUGUGGACCGGACCAUCCGGCAGCCGAGCAACUACUUCAUCGCCUCACUGGCCGCCACGGACAUGCUUAUUGGUACGGUGUCGAUGCCGUUCUACUGCGUGUACAUACUGCAGGGGUACUGGGACCUGGGACCGCUACUGUGCGACCUGUGGCUGUCAGUGGACUACACGGUGUGCCUGGUGUCACAGUACACGGUGCUGCUGAUCACGGUGGACCGGUUUUGUUCGGUUAAAAUAGCAGCCAAGUACCGGGGCUGGCGGACCAAGGAUAAGGUCAUGUGGAUGGUGGUGCUCACGUGGAUCAUACCCGCGCUGCUUUUCUUCACCAGCAUCUUCGGCUGGGAGCACUUCGUCGGCUACCGCGACCUGUUGCCGGGCCAGUGUGCCGUGCAGUUCCUCAAGGACCCAGUAUUCAACACGGCGCUGAUCAUCGGUUACUUCUGGACCACUCUCAUCGUGCUGUUUGUGCUGUACGGCGGCAUUUACAAGGUGGCAUACGAGAUGCAGAAAAAGAGCGAGGCCAAGCAGCGGAAGAUGCAGUCGAUGGUGGCGCUGAGUGCGGGCACGGUGUCCGGCAUGGCGGGCCACGCGGCCGGCAUCGGUAUGUCCAAGACGCAAAGCACAUUGCUGGUCCAAGAUAAACCGCAGCACCGGCACCAACAACAACAGCAACAACAGCAGCAACAGGAUCAGCAGGAUCAACAGGAUCAGCAGCAGCAGUAUCAGCAGCAGCAACAGCAGCAGCAGCAGCAGCAACAGCAACAGCAACAGCAACAGCAACAACGACAACAGCGGCAGCAGCAAGAAUACCAAAUGCAGCAGCAAGCCGACGGAGCGGCAAACGGAUCGGAUGACGAACGCGCCGCGGUGGGCCAGACAGUGGUGGUGGUGGACAAGGAGCGGUCCAGCAGCCCGGCUUUUGAAUCAGAUGAAGAAAGCACCACGGGUGAGAAGCAGCCGCAGCCGAUCAACUGGCCGCGCAAGAAGUCUGUGGCCGAGCUGAUCGUACAGUCGGCGCUAGUGCAGCGGUCCAACAGCGGCAUACACCUGUCGCCGUCCGACAACCUGUUGCCAUACACGGCUAGCAACGGGUGCGCCCCGUCCGCGACCAUCGUGCGGUCGUUCUCCAACGCGGCCGUCGUCAACUACCAGACCGACAUGCAGCCGUCACCGCCCUGCGACAGCCGGUUGGACGCGCUCGUCGGCAUGGACACCAGUGAGCUGCACUUCAUGGACGAGAGCUCCGUGGUGAUCGGAUCGCCCACGUUCGAGAGCCCCACUAACAGCACCAGCUCGAUGAACGAAACCAUGUCCUCGGCACAGUGCUCACCCGCCCAUGGGGCCGCGGCCGCCUCGUCGCUGCUGCAGGCCGCGCUCAUCCGCGCGGCCGCCGCGCAGCACAUGAAUGCCUUGCCCACCGUGACCAAGGUCGACACAACCGUCGUCGUGGACGGGCAUCGGUCCGCGACCACCACGGUGGUGACCGCAUCAUCAUCGGCCACCCGCUGCGGCGGCGUCUACGGCGGUGCAAACGAUUCCGGAGGCGCGGACAAAUCCUCGUCGGACACAACCAGGAGCUGCGGCGGCGGUGGCGACGGUGGCGGCGAUGGUGGAGAUGGCGACGGUAGUGGCGAUAAGCGGGACGGCAGUUCGCGCAGCGACUUUGUGCGCACCAUUGGUAAACGGCUGAAGGUGAAACGGCCCAAAGUGUCCGGUCGACAGAAGUCCAAGUCGGAAAACAGGGCACGCAAAGCAUUCCGCACCAUAUCGUUCAUACUGGGCGCGUUCGUGGCCUGCUGGACCCCAUACCACAUACUGGCGCUGAUCGAGGGCUUUUGCUCGAACCCGCCGUGCACAAACGAGCGGUUGUUCUUGUUCUCGUACUUCCUGUGCUACGCGAACAGCCCGAUCAACCCGUUCUGCUACGCGUUGGCCAACCACCAGUUCAAGAAGACGCUGACGCGACUCAUGAAGGGCGACUUCCACAUAUCGUAGUGCCACGCGCGGUAGUGUUCCAUACAACAAACUACAAAACAGUUGAUAGUGUGCUGUCUCGUACCAGGAUCGGACGGUUUUCGGGUCGGGGCCGUGUUGGCGAGCCCGCCGCUCCGGGAGUCGGAACUUCGAUGCCGAAGAAUGCGAUCUUCUGCGCUCUUCCCCAUCGUCCUUCGUCGUUCCGCCGUAAAGCAAUCUUUGAAGGCAAUCCGUUAUUUAGCUGUCGGCUGGGCAACGAUACCGCUCGGCCGAAGACCCGCACGCGUUUUCCCCCUUAAACGGUCGCCAGGAGAACCGAUUUUUCUGCCCCCUAAACGCGACCAGCCGUAGCACGACCCCGUCGUCGAAACGACACGAGACCGAAGAUUCAACACAAUCCCAACCCAACCCGAGGCGCAACCGCCAGCCACUUCUGUACGGUUAUCGACUGUAGGCAACGUGUCCCUAUACCGCAAUCGUCGAGUGCUUAUGGUUCUGUAGCGAUACAAGUGGAACUUUUCACCGAGAUCGGAACAAUCUUUUCGACCGGUGGCACUUUUACGGUGAAACCGAUCACCCUUUCCCCGUACAAUUCCAUUCCCCUAACCAGUGUUUUUGGUUACAAACGUAUUUUUCCAUGAAUAUUCACGUUUCAUAAAAUCGUGACAGAAGAAAACAUUUUAUCAGUAUCGGUUGAACUAUAUCAAAAAACAUACAAAUAUAUUUACCUAAGUAGUCGAUAACCUCUCCUUCCCGCUAGAAAAUAUUCAAAUGGGUAUAUAAUCUUUGGGAACGGAUAGUGGUGGUCGUCCUGAUCGAUUCGCCUCCAAAAAGGACCAUACAUUUUCCUCAGAAACUACUAACUACAAAACACGUGUAUUCAAUACUUUACUCGUAAUGUGCAUUCGAAUAAAUCUGAUAUUAAUCACAACGAUACUCACACACAAUCCGCAAAAAAAAUACUUGAUCUUAAACAAUAAUCAAUAAUAUUAUUUAAUCAUGAACAAUUAAUCAUUGGGUAAAUAAAGUUAUUUUUUUUUAUAUUCACUACUCAAUGAUCAAUUAUUAUAUUAUCUUUUAUGAUAUGAUAAAACAAUGACCUCGUGACAGCACACACACGCAUCAACCUUCUUUCAAUAUUUUUCAUAAUAUUGCAAUAUAUAUAUUUGCUUAUUACAUAUUAAUCUAUUGAUAAUAAAAAAUAAAAAUAAUAAUAAAUAGCACAAAUUAAGACCAUAGUGUAGAUUUUUAUAGAUAUUUUUAAUAACGAAAUAAAAUUGUA